AUGCUUCUUACUCCUGAUAUAUAUUCAUCUUUUCCAGCUCUUAGUCCAGACAACGAUGGUAAGCCUCCUGAAAAAUACGUAGGAACUGUGCGACCGCCCCCUUACAGCUGGCCAGAUAGACUGUAACAGACGGAGAUCUGACCAGAGACCCGACCUUGAGGUUUGAACGGACUACACUACUUUCGUUUUCCUUUUGCAGAGUCUACGCUCCGAAAGCCACGUGCCGACGAUUAUCUGUCAACACACCGAUAAGUCGUUCCGUCAUAUUAUUCCGUUUCUACGUUAUCGCAUUAUUAUAUCCCCAUUUUGCAUAUUACAAUAAACUUAUAUCGUUUUGUCAUUCCCGUUAUCUAUAUCAUGUCUCGUACGCCUGUGCCCCCCUCUACCACACACUCUGAAGUACAAGGUAUUUUAGACCGACUUUUCCAAGCCUCCGGAUCGUCCGAAUUCAAGCUUCCCUCUUCUCCCUCCUUCUACGCACGUGACCCGACGUCUACUACCCGCUCGGUCGCUACAAGACUGACAACCAGCAACUAG